CUUGCUCAUUAUCUCUUUUUCUCUAAGGUUCUUUAAGUGCCUCAGCUCUUUGGCAUAUUUAAUGGCUACAACUCUGACUUUAUAUUUGAAAAAUUCCCAUCUACUUCCAUGACCCAAGUCUUCUCUCUCAAAAAUAUCUUUGUCAAACGGUUUGAUGUUUCCAAUGAAAAUAGAAUCUUUAAGAAGUGUGUCGUUUAAUUUCCAAUACCCUCGAAUACCCUUUUGUGACGUAGUUUUGUGUGUCCAGGUAUAACCCUUUGAAUCCAGAUUGAAAUAACGCCAGGCAUCAUCAACACAGAGAUCCUUGCACAACGUUGUGAUGAUAUUGUCUAUUUUGAGAGCUUUGACUCCUUCUAGGAGGAUAAUGAUCAGCAGAGUCAUCAGGUGUUUUGGUUCAAAGCUCCUGAGAGAAUUAGAAAAGCCUCUGAGUAUUUGUUACGUAAAUCCUGUCAUUUUCUGGUUAAUUUGGAGCGUGUUAUUUAUGUCCAUACACAUUGCAGAUGAUGAAAAUAGCAUUGUAAAGUUAAACAGUUACUAUGACCCAUCUAACCAUUCUGUAAAGAUGUGGAUUCUACAACGUCUCCUUUUAACUUGCGGAUUAGCGUCUAAACACCAGCAGAAUGGUUUGAUCCAUGACAGAGAGAGGCCAUGUCUCCCCCACUGUGACUUCCACCGCGUACYGACGGGAGUCACCGCUGUUGACUGAGAUCACUGAAACCCCACCUGAAAAUGUGGAAGUUGUUGAACCAGAUCAGAACGCCUUCGAGGAUCACCUUCAGGCACGGACCGAGCAGGAAGUGGAGGUUUUUGACCAGGUGAGACUGAACAUGGACAAGGCCCAUGAGAAACAGAAGGAGAGCUACCAGAGCAGAAUCKAGAAGGGGACCAAGUGCUAUGACAUCCAGGCGAAUUACUUGGUUAGGAAGAUGGACAAAAGGAAGGCGAGAACUGGGAAACCUCGCUGCUCUUUCACUCCUAGCUCACAUUCUGUUAAAGGUUACCUCGGUGGAAGCCAACAAUCUUCCCCAGUUGGAGCAGUUGGACGGUCGACCACUGAAAUCCCUGACGCCCUACACUUCACUGAAGCCUUUAAGGACAAAGACCUAGGGGUUCUGCCCAACACCAGACCACUGAUUGUCCUCUAUUACCUGUUCUCCAAGACCAUAGGGGACCUAGGGGUUCUACCCAACACCCAGACCCACCUGAUCCUCCUAUUACCUCUCCAGGACCUAGGGGUUCGCCAACAACCCAGACCCACCUGA